AGGAGGGAAUGACAGGCUUAAAUACAAGCCUAGCAGAGGGCUGUAGAGAGGCCGGCUUUUCAUCGGCCAGCGUCUCCACUCAGAGAGAGAGAGAGAGAGAGAGGAAUAGAGAGGGAUAGGGAUUCAUUGAAGUUCAAGGGCUGGGCUUCUCUAUUUUCUCAGGUUGGAAAAGCAAUGGGUGCCGGUGGCCGAAUGUUAGCUCCCCCAACUCCCAGUAAGUCUGAAUCUGGCAGUCUGAAGCGAGUUCCACACUCAAAGCCCCCAUUUACUCUCAGCCAGAUCAAGAAAGCCAUCCCACCUCAUUGUUUCCAGCGUUCUGUACUCCACUCAUUCUCCUAUGUUGUUUACGACUUCGCUAUAACCUCUAUCUGCUAUUAUAUCGCUACCAAUUACUUCCACCACCUUCCUCAACCACUCUCUUACCUUGCUUGGCCAAUUUAUUGGAUUAUUCAAGGUUGUGUCCUGACAGGCUUUUGGGUCAUAGCUCAUGAGUGUGGACACCAUGCCUUCAGCGACUACCAGUUGCUUGAUGACAUAGUUGGUCUAAUCCUCCACUCCUUUCUUCUUGUCCCUUACUUCUCCUGGAAGUAUAGCCAUGGCCGCCAUCAUUCUAACACAGGUUCCCUUGAGCGUGAUGAGGUCUUCGUCCCUAAGAAAAAAUCUAGUAUCCCAUGGUACUCCAAAUACCUGAACAAUCCACUAGGCCGGUUCGUCACACUAGCAAUCACACUGACUUUAGGUUGGCCUCUCUACCUAACUUUUAAUGUUUCAGGCAGGCCAUAUGAUCGGUUUGCAAGCCACUAUGACCCUUAUGGUCCCAUCUACACAGAUCGGCAGAGAUUCCAAAUAUAUAUUUCUGAUGCUGGUGUUCUUGCUGUCUCCUACGGGCUCUACCGUCUUGCCAUGGUGAAAGGACUUAUGUGGGUUAUAUGCACUUACGGAGUACCAUUGCUGAUCGUGAAUGGGUUUUUGGUGUUGAUCACGUUUUUGCAGCACACUCACGCAUCAUUGCCCCAUUAUGAUUCCACCGAGUGGGACUGGUUGAGAGGAGCUUUGGCAACUGUUGACAGAGAUUAUGGAAUCUUGAACAAGAUUUUCCACAACAUCACAGAUACUCAUGUGGCACACCAUUUGUUCUCAACCAUGCCGCAUUAUCAUGCAAUGGAAGCUACAAAGGCGAUCAAGCCAAUUUUGGGAGAUUAUUAUCAGUUUGAUGACACACCGGUUUAUAAAGCAAUGUGGAGGGAGGCAAAGGAGUGUCUUUACGUUGAACCAGAUGAAGGCGGGCAGAGCAAAGGUGUCUUCUGGUACAACAACAAGCUGUGAUGAUUGAAACUGGCAAAAUGUUGGUUCGAGAUUUUCAGAUUCUAGUUAGAAUAUUAGCAUUCCUGGCAGGGUAAUUUUAAGUUGUUUGCUCACUCCGAAUUGGACCUCCAGAUCUACUUGUGCUUUCCAAUAAUUUUCUUGAGCCCUUGUCAUGGUAGAAACUAUGACAUUUUAUGUUCUGAUAUGAGUAUUGUUUCUCGAUAAAAA